CAAGGAAACAUCUCCGUUUAGUGGGGAGCUGGAAAUGCACAAAUCUCAUCACCUCUCACUGCCAAAAGGCAAAGGUCAGCUCGGCUUCAUAGGGCCAUAAAAAGAAAGGGGAGCAUAAACACGCUGGUCAGGUUGUGUUUGUUUCAGCUGUUAGUAAGGAGGCUUUAAAAAAACCCCAAAGUCUGCACUGAAGUCACGAAUCAACCUUGGAGUGCUCCUCACUCAUUAUCAGACACAAUCAUCCAAACCCCUCAGAAAUUACCGAGUUUAUCUUGAUGCAUGACUCAGUGGGAAUUACUGCAAACUACCACCAAACAACACCACCUUCAGUAAAGACAAAACCAAAAUCCAACCCCAACUGGUCAGAUAUCCCAUUAAAGCAAAACCCAACAGGCCCAGAAACCUCUCAGCGUUCAAACGGUCAGGAUGAGACUUGUGUUGGUUGAGCAUCUCAGUAUAAAGGAUCUUCUCUGAAGAAGUAUCACUGUUCCCUGAAGGUAAAGGUGAACAUGAUGCUCUGUUUUUUGUGCAGCAUUUGGUUGGGUCUUCAUCCUCCUCUUCACUGUCCCCAGCUGUGAAGCAGCACCCCAGAACAAGUGCAAAUCAACCAGACAAGCUGUACUCUACAGGCACAGAUGAACACAGCCCACUCCUGGUUUUGCUCCCACACUCACUCAGCCCAAUCCUGCUCCCAGGUCCUGUUUGCUUUCUUGUGAGCCCCAAGCUGGGGUUUGUGACAACCAAUAUUGUGCAGACUGGAAGGAUGGCACAACUCCAGUGGAACAAACACGCUCACAGGUGUACAGCCUGCACACCAGCAAAGCAGGUGUCACUCACUGCCACUGCUGUCACCAGCAGCUGACACAGAGCUGCCCAGGGCUGGUUAGACGGUUUCACACGGACUGCUCGGCCAGCUUUCUUCAGAUCACAUUAAAAGUACUCUGUUAUCUGCAAAAGAAGGCUGGGAUUUGAAAAAUCAUUGAAGAUCUGUUCAGCCUUUCCUCCCCACCUACUCCCAGGGUGCUGUGCACACUCAUCAGUUCGUGCUCCAAGGUGGGCAGGGCUGGGAUCAGGACAGCAGCUCCUUCCCAUCCAGGCUCUUUGCUCCAGCUCCAAAGCCCUUUUCCAGCAGCAGCAAAAAGCCACUUUGCAGUAGUUUUGCUAUUACUGAUCCCAAAAGAGAUCUGAACUAAGGCAUUCAAGGCACUGUGAUCUAGAAUUUCUCUAAUACUCAUCAGCAAUCAAACACAAAUAGAAUUUGCUUCUAAAACCUAUGAAACACUUCAAAACUAAAAGAAACCUUCCACAGGGAAAGCAAUAGUGCCCUGCAGUGCCAUUCCCAGUGGGAAAGGCAAGCGUCGAUUACAGCUAAAAAAAAAAUAAAUCCAAACAUCACAGAGUUACAUGUACCAUAUGCUACUUCUUCCAACAGAAACUUGACAAACACAGGGUGUGAAAACUGUGCACGUUCUCUUCACGGGAAGCCCACACAGCCGUCAUGAACAGCACACACCAGGGCUCCAAGCACUACAGGGAAUAUUACACACAAACCUCUCAGGCUGUUUUCUCCUAUCAGCAGAUCCCAAGAACACACUGAAGAAAUCAACAGGAGCUUUUAGGCUUGUGUAAAGGUAUUCAGACAUAUUUAAAAGUGAAUUAUUGUAGUUUGAUCAUUACAAUACAAGCACACUAUUGUUUCUCUCUGUAUUUAUUGUAUUUCAUAUUUCAGAUAUCUGAGCCUCAGAGCCUCCUGAAGUGAUUCCUCCCUGCUGCCUUGAGAGGCUCCCAGCUGAAGGUGGUUCCACAGCCUGCAGACAGAGCAGGACAGGGCUGUAAUCCUUUAAGCCCUCCUGAAGCCACAGCACCCAAGGUCUCCCAUUUCUCUUGCUCCCAAAAGCAGCUCUUCCUUCAGCAAGGCACAAGUGACGUUUAGAUGAAUCCAGCCAAGCUGUGGCAGGUUAAAAAUCCUGUCUUUGCAGGGCUGCAACUCAGCCAGCUUACAAAACAAAGGUGUGGGGGUGUGAGUGGGAAAAUCAGGGUAAUCUGAUUGCUCAAACAAGAGCAAGUUGCCAGGAACAAUCCUGCCAGAGGCUAAGAGGGGACACAAGGGAUUUGGGGCUGUGUCACAGCCACUUUGUAAGAAGUUACACUACACACUGGCUCAAAUAUCAAUCGUUGUGGAGCAGAAUCCCAGGGAAAGCAAGAAACGGGCUGGUAGAGUCCCUAUUCUGAAGCAAUUAUCAUUUGCAGCCAAAAUGUGUCUCCUGCCCUGAACUGACCCAUGCUGGAGUCUGGAUCCUCACACACACUCUCCUAAAAGAGCAGGAAGAAGAAAGGAAGGCAGAAGGGAAUCAGCCAUACCUCUGCAGCAACAAUUUUCCACGAGAAGAGAUGUCUAAACCAUGACUGUGCCUCAAAAAAGUGGAUUUCUUGCUCUCCAUUCAGGACAGGAACAUUAAUCUCAAUGCAGCACAGUAAUUUAGUUUGUUCUGGAAGAAGCACAAUGCACGCACACAGCACUAGUGGUACAACUGCUAAACCACACCAGGAGAGUGGUCUCAGCCCUGCUCUCAGGGUUGUGCCACAGGAAGGAGAAAAGUUGGAAGUGUUUCCACAUUUUAUUCAAGUGUGCUUGCCGAGAGGAUGAACCUCCAGGUCCUAAUCACUCUUUUAAAAAAAAAUUAAUUUGAAAUGCAAAAUGAACAAGGAAUUCCAAAACUACCAUACACAGCCCUGCAGUGAGGCAUCUUCAGAAAGGAGAGCAGGAAAAUAAAACCCGACUCAGACAGGUUCAUCUUCUACCCAGAAAAUCCUGUGAAUUGUCCAAGUGUCACUUCAGAUCUAAGCCAAAGAGCUCUUGAGAGAGAUUCUCUCCUGACACUUAUACUGCCUUGGAAAUUAUUUCCCAAGCUGUUUAGCCUAUAUUGCCAGGCUAAGCAGAUUCUGCCAUGAUUUUACUCUUCAGGGUGGGUGGGGAGGAGAGCUCUGGGAUGGGCUGUGCUGCAUUCCCAGCCACACAAACUCUGCCCACUGAACGAGCACACGUUGGUCCUGCAGCCAAGCUCCAGCACCAUUCCAGUGAGUCACUGCAGAUGAUCACCUUGAACAGCUAAAUUCCAAGCAAAGUGCUCAUUUUCUUUCCAAGAUGUUUUUCAGAAGUAUUUGGAAGGUGUCCAGCCUGUUUCUCAGCACAUGGGACACAGUUUUAUGUUGGAGCUGAAGGGUUUUAAAUCAGCUGUAUCAGGAAGUACAGCACAGGGCUGUAAACUGUGGCACUUUGGUCAACUUUAAAGAACUUUAAGAGUUAGCAAAAGCCUAAUGAGUGACCAGGAUGCCUUCUGGGACACGAAAUUAAAGCACAACACUCAUAAGGCUAUGUACAAACACCAAUUCUGUUAUUUAUCUGUCACGCUGUGAGGAUCUAAGGACAAUAGUUCCUCCCUGGAAUGCUGAGCCCUGUAGACAUCUGAAAGGCUGGGAGAAAACAGACAAACAGACAGGAAAAAUCUCUGCAAUGACAAAAAUGAGAACUAGCGUCAACUUUCCCAACAGUUUCAUUUAAGAAAAUGAUAAAAACAGAGCUAAGUACGUGGACUUCGGCUAAACUGGGAAUUCAGAGACACAAUGGACUUUACCCAGUCACAAAUAAUUCCUAAACUUACCAGCACUCCUGUAAGCAAGGAACAGCAGCAAAACUGACAGCAGCACAACUACUGCUAAAGGAAUGAUCUGUCAUUUAAAAGCAGAAUCUAAAUAGAGAAAGUCAAUCUCAACAGAUACAUUUAACAUAGCAGAGCCUCAUCAAAACAUCCAGGCUGGGAAGAGGUUAAGAAUGGAGAACAGCAUUGGAGAGGUCUUUACCUUGCUGAAACACCACCACAAGACCCCACAGCUCUGUCGGGGAGCUCUCAGAAGAGCAGAUAUUUCCACUUGGUCAGCCUAGCUCGCACAGCACCGGAAACAUUUGGUAUUAUUUCCUGUCAGCUACACUCAUUCACACUGCAGUGCAUUCCUGCUUCCUUUUCUAUUGUAAUGCCGUGUUUCCCUAGAAUACCAGCUGUGCAAAACAGCCAGCCCAGCUCCAGAGCCAGCACCAGCGGUGCUGGAUGGGCUCUGAAGGAGAGGAACCGGGUGGCCAAAAGCAUUUCCAGCACUGCACCGAGCCUUGCUCCCAGAGGGGAGGAGGAGAGUGGUGGCAUCAAGGACACAACCCCUCAUCUACAGGAAUCACCAUCUUCCACACACAGGGUCAAGUCAGCAGGAUGGUUUUCCACAGGAGCCUUUCUUCCUCUUCCCCUUCCACAUUUUCAUUAGAAAGAGCCAAAAGCAAGAAUUCUCACUAUGCUCAUUACAAAACACAAUCGUGUUCUGACAAGACACUGCUGCCACGAACCUCUUGCUGUAACUAGAAAAAAAGCCCAAAACAUCUUGUUAAAACGCUAAAAAUAUACUUUAAAAAAGAAUGGGAACAUGAAUAAAACGACUGAUUAAUGAAGAUUAUGAAUAGUUAGAGAAUGGGCAUACAGGAACUGCAGAGAGAACAAGCAGCUCAAUUCUGUGAAUCACGACUUUUGGAUGGGAAGGCUGAGCGCAAGAACAGGAAACCGAUCAGAGUAACUGCAGUGAGACUGAAACACGGCAGAAAACCCAAAUGUACAUUAUUUCCUCUGCUAGGUCUCCCAGCAAUCCGAAGGAACCAACUCCUCGGGAAGAAGGAACGUCCUUCACCCGCACGGCACGGAGCGGCCCGAGCACGCUGCGAGCAUUUAAACACGGCACGGCAAACGCAGAAAGGUUCAGCCGCGAUAUCACAAAAUUGCAGGAUCAUAUGGCUUGAAAAAAACCUCCCAGAUCGUCGAGCCCAACAUGUGAACUGAUCUCCACCUUGUCCAUACACCAGAACUGAGCGCCGUGUCCAGUCCUUCCUUGGACAUCUCCAGGGACGGGGACUCCUCCAGCUCCCUGGGCAGCCCCUUCCAGUGUUUAACAACCCAUCCUGUGAAGAAAUUCCUCAUGAUGCCCUCAUAUCCAGGAGUAAAACUGGGCUCCACCUCGCCGGGUUUUCCACACCUUCCUCUGGCUCCUUGGCACCAGUGUGGGGCUAGAAGGGACUUAGGAGCAUGGGAGCAGUGGGGGAAUGCUGUGACAGCUGAAAAAUGAGCCACCAGGCAGUAAGAGAAGUUUCUGAAAGGAGAAGAGGAAUCUGCCUUGAAUGAAGAGGAUUUUAGCACCUUGGGCUAAGCCAAUAAACCUCUGCCAUCCCCAUCCGAACUGGAAUUGUUUGCACACGCUCCCGGAGCUGCUUAAAGCAGGCGAGACGCAAAGAGAGAAUAGGAUCAAGCAUGGUGGGGGAGAAACCCCCCUGCCUGGCCAGCCUGUGAGCAGAUCCUCAUCGGGAUCCCACAGGGACCGGGGGCUCAGCCAGCCCUGCUCUCCCAGGGCCGGGCUGUGCCCCCACUGCCAGCUCACCUCAGCGGGGCUGGCAGCCAGCAAGGUGCUCCCAGAAGAUGCUCUGUCCUGCUGAACACACCAGCCCUCUCCACCCCCGGCAGCGAUUCUGGUCCCUGAGGUCCCCGUCCGAGUGACACGGUGGCACCAUGGAGGCAUCUGGCCCUGUGGGAGGUAUCACGGUGACUCUCCUCUGCUGCUGCCUCCUGGGCUCGGCGUGGGCUCUGGUCGAUCCCGAUGACGUGCUCACAAAAGAAGAGCAGAUCUAUCUGCUGGUAGAGGCCAAGGAAAAGUGUCAGAGGGACAUAAAGGCCCAGCUGGAGAAGAUCAAAGACCCCAGCUGCCCUCCAGAGUGGGACGGGAUCAUCUGCUGGCCAAGGGGCUCCCCCAGCCAGGAGGUGUCAGUGCCUUGCCCCGACUACAUCUACGACUUCAACCACAAAGGUCACGCCUACAGGUACUGCAGUGCCUAUGGCACCUGGGCCAUGGCUCUCAGCAUCAACAAGACCUGGGCCAACUACACAGAGUGUGCCCUGCUCUUCUCCUCCGAGAGCCGGAGCCGCCAGAAGGAGGUGUUUGACCGCCUGCACCUCAUGUACACCGUGGGCUACUCCAUCUCCCUGGCCUCCCUCAUCGUCGCCAUCUGCAUCCUCUCCUACUUCAAGCGCCUGCACUGCACACGGAACUACAUCCACGUGCACCUCUUCACCUCCUUCAUCUGCCGGGCCCUCAGCAUCUUCCUCAAGGACAUGGUGCUCUACUCGGGCACGGCGCCCAGCGACGCCAGCAGGAGGGAGGACGAUUUCAGGGGUCCCCUGCCAGGACAACGCGGCCACCUGGUUGGCUGCAAGGUGGUGGUGACUCUCUUUCUCUAUUUCCUGGCCACCAACCACUACUGGAUCCUGGUGGAAGGUCUCUACCUGCACAGCCUGAUCUUCAUGGCCUUUCUGUCCAACAAGAACUACCUGUGGGUCCUCAUCAUCAUCGGCUGGGGUCUCCCUGCUGUGUUCGUGUCCGUCUGGGCCAGCGUCAGGGCCUCGCUGGCAGACACACAGUGCUGGGACCUCAGUGCAGGGAACAUGAAGUGGAUUUAUCAGGUCCCCAUCCUGACUGCUGUCAUGGUGAACUUCUUCCUCUUCCUCAGCAUCGUCCGGGUGCUGGCCUCCAAGCUCUGGGAGACCACCACGGGCAAGCUGGACCCCCGGCAGCAGUACAGGAAGCUGCUCAAGUCCACGCUGGUGCUGAUGCCACUUUUCGGAGUGCACUACGUGGUGUUCAUGGCCAUGCCCUACACCGAGGUCUCGGGGCUCCUGUGGCAGAUCCAGAUGCACUAUGAGAUGUUCUUCAACUCCUCCCAGGGUUUCUUUGUGGCUUUUAUCUACUGCUUUUGCAACGGGGAGGUGCAGGCCGAGAUCAAGAAGGCUCAUUUCAGGAGGCUCCUGGCGCUGGACUUGGGGCAGCAGGCGCGCCCUGGGAGCUGCUGCUGUGCCGGCCGGGGCUCCCGGGCCCCCCAGAGCUGCAGCAGGAGCCCGGCGGGGCGGGGAGCAGGGGGCACCCGGGGGCUGCUGCUCCCGGCCCAGCCCCGCCUGCCCGGACACGGCCCCGGCGCCUCGGACCAGCUCCUGCCCUGCCCCGGCCAGGAACUGAGCCACAAACCCCGGGGGGAAACCACAGUGGAUUUGACAGACCUGACUCAGUGCCACCCCGAGCCCAACAAGGAGCUGGAGACGAUGCUGUGAGGCACGGGCUGGAUCUCUCACCUGGGCGUGCUGGAAACACUGAUGUGAUCUCGGUGCUUGCAAAGCCUUGAGAAAACACCAGGAAACACCUCCGUGCUCACUCCUAUCCCCACGAGAGGGAGGUGACUUCUCCAAGGCGGUGAAACCCAGCCCAGAGCCCGACCCAGCACCAGCUCCAGCCUGAGGAGCUCCCCUGCCCUCCCUCAUCUCUGCAGCUCGUGAAUGGAGACACCAACCCACAAUCACAGACUGGAGCGGGAGGCACUGGGACAGGGUGGGAUGGAGGAGGCAGGACCAACUUUAUGGCCUGGAAGGGUGCAGGGAGUACCUGGAUUCCCAACACCUCAUCCAUUAACAAACAGGCUCCUGCAUGCAACAGUCAUGGCCCUGCCAUCCCCGUGCAGGCUGAGAAGUGAAUAAAGAGUCUGUCUGCCUUG